AAACAUUCCGUGUGGAUCCAGCAAAGUGCUCCGUUCCGUACAGCAACCCCUUCGAGUGCAGUGGUUCAUUACAUUUCCGGAUGGAAACGAUCGAUUCGAAGUGCGAUAGAAUAGGCCCUUUAUAGAAUGUCCAGCACACCAGGCGGCAGCGAUGGACCAGCAGCUGUGAAAAAGUCCUCGGAGAAAACGCCACGCAAGAGAGACCGCACCGACGGCGGCGGCGGCGGUGGUGGUGGUUCAGCUGGGAAAGGAAACGGCACUAGCAACCUCCAGCGCAAACCAACCGACCGCCAUACAGUGAAGAACCGUGUUCUUCCGAAGUAUUUUACGCGCGAAAACGACGUUUACGUUACAUACAAGUCCGACUUUACAUAUCAGCUCAAAUCCUGUCUGGACAUCCUGAACUCUCCACUCGGAGAGGUGUUCCUGCACUGCACCGGCCGGGCGAUCAACCGUGGCAUUAAUCUGGCGCUACGGAUAAAGGCCGAAUUUCCCGAAGCGUUCGAGUACGAGGUGAACACAUCCCAGAUAGCGAUCACGGAUGAUUUGCACCCCCUGCACGACGAGGACGACUUUAUGGUGCAGCGGCGCAUGAACUCGUGCCUGCACAUUCGACUGUACCGCACAAUUACGGUGAAGCAAUCCACCAAGGUCGUUGGGGAGAGAACUUAACCGUAUACGCGAAGCAAACCGCGCUCUAAAGCCGCAGCAAAAGACUCACGCGCGAAACAUGUCGGAGGAGGUAGAAAUUAAGACGUACUUUAAGCUGGUGGACGUGGUGAAAUGGAUCGGCAUCACGCAGUUCGAGAUACUGGUCAAUCUGAUUGCCUUCCUGGUGUUUACGAUCAUGCUCACGGUGAAGGCGGCGAGCGGCGAGCUGAACGGUACGCUCACCGCCAACGAAUGGUUGGACCUGUUCUCGCCCAUGUUCUGCGGCGACUUCUGCAACACCUACUUCUGCAUCAUCGUCGGCAUACGGAUGUACCUGGGCAACAAGCACCGGCAGGCGAUGCACCGGCUCGUUUGGAGCAUCCCGUUUCUGCUGCUGACGUCCGGGUUCAAGUAUCUGGUGUGCCUGAAGCUGUCCGGCCAGAUACAGCUCGAGUACAGUGAGGUGUUUUCGCCCAUCUUUGUCCUGCUGCAGAUGGUGGCGGUGAAGGCGUGCCAGUACAACCAGCAGUCCUGAUCGCACGCCAACGCCCCGUCGCGCCGUGAGCUGCUGUCGUUUAGCAAUGAUGUCGUUCUGGGCACGAUCGUGAUGCAGUGAGCUGAUGAUGCCGUUGCUUUCCGCCCGUUAAGCACGUACGAUUAAUGUUAAUUAAUAAUAAACCUGAAUACGAUCAUAUAAA